AAAACAUAACCUCUUUCCUUUUUCUCUUUCACGCUUUCAGUCACCUAAACGUGGUCGUUUUAAGCCUCUCAUUUUAUUCCCCACACACUCGCCGGAGAUUAUUUAACGGCGACGACGAAUAGUUGAUUAAGUGAAAGCAUAAUCUCCGACGAUGGAGACUGAAGUUCAAUCGAAUUUCACAUAUAUGGGACGGACCUUCACCAAUCUCAGUAUCAAUGGAAGUUCCUCAGCUUUCAGCGAUUGCAACAGUGAUAUAUCCGGUGAGUUUCCAGCCGCUUCUUCUCAAAGCCGGCGGUUGUUUUUGUCUUGUGCGUCGGAAAAUUCUGAUGAAUUAAUCGAACAACUCGUUUCCGAUCUCGAGUCUAGUUCAAUCGAUGAACAAAAACAAGCGGCGAUUGAAAUUAGACUCCUCGCGAAGAAUAAACCGGAAAAUCGUAUCAAAAUAGCUCGAGCUGGAGCAAUUAAACCGUUGAUUUCGCUUAUCUCCUCCACCGAUCCUCAGCUUCAGGAAAACGGCGUUACGGCAAUUCUCAAUCUGUCUCUUUGCGAUGAGAAUAAGGAGCUUAUCGCUGCAUCAGGAGCGAUUAAACCACUAGUUCGAGCGCUUAAAGUUGGAACCUCAACAGCCAGAGAGAACGCCGCUUGCGCUCUUCUCCGGCUAUCGCAAGUUGAGGAGAAUAAAAUUGCAAUCGGUCGAUCAGGUGCAAUUCCUCCACUAGUGAACCUUCUAGAAACUGGAAAUUUCCGCGGCAAAAAGGAUGCAUCAACUGCUCUGUAUUCUCUAUGUUCCGUGAAAGAGAACAAAGUGAGAGCAGUACAAGCUGGCGUGAUGAAGCCUUUGGUAGAACUAAUGGCGGAUUUCAGUUCAAAUAUGGUGGAUAAAUCGGCGUUCGUUGUGAGCGAAUUGAUAUCAGUGGCGGAGGCAAGGCCGGCACUGGUGGACGAAGGUGGAAUUCCGGUAUUGGUGGAGAUCGUAGAGGUCGGAUCACAACGACAGAAGGAGAUUGCCGUUGCCAUUCUGUUACAGGUAUGUGAGGAUAGCGUGGCGUACCGUACUAUGGUGGCUCGCGAAGGAGCCAUUCCUCCCCUCGUCGCUUUGUCACAGUCCGGAACCAGUCGCGCCAAACGAAAGGCGGAGAAACUGAUUGAUCUUCUACGGCAACCAAGAUCCGGUAACGCCGCUGCAACAGCAGUAGCAAGAACCUCUGGUGUGCCAGUCUGAACUUGUGUCCCUACAUGUUUCUCUCUUUUGUUUCUUUCUUUGUAUCAUACCAGUCCAACAAAAGCACAAAUUAUCAUGGACAAUAUACACAAAAAAAAAUAUUAAAAGUUUAAAAAAAAAAAAAUGAAAAUUGUAAAUGCCUUCUGUUAGUUGUAGUAGUGUAGUAAAAAGCUUUGUAAAUUUGGUGGGUUUUGAUUUAUGGCCACGGCUUGUGUUUACUUCUUUUCCUUUCUUGAAAUUGUGAUAUGAAAUUCUACUUUUUUGUUUGUU